AUGACAAAGGAAAGAAGAAACAACCAUCAUACCAAAAAGGGCCAUGGCCACGUGCAGACUAUUCACUGCAAAAACUGUGCCCAAUGUGUUCCAAGGACAAGGCCAUUAAAAAGUUUGUCUUUUGGCGCAGAGGCCACAGCCAUCAGAAAUACUUCAGAAGUGAAUAUCUUCAACACCUAUGUGCUUCCCAAGCUAUAUUUGAAAGUACGUUACUGUGUGAGUUGUAUCACUCAUAGCAAGGUAGUCAGGAAUUGUUCACAUGAAGCCCAGAAAGACUGA